UGAGUAGUCACUUGCAAGUCGACGAUCCAAAUAAAAGGCAGGCAAUUCCGAUAUUUCCAGUAGAUUAAUUUACGAACAUAAACGAGCUGUUGUGAUUUUACCUCAAAGACUGUUGUUAAAAUGUCUUGGAAAGUAGUGCCACUGUUUAAGCGUGAUUUCGGGUUUUUCGACCGCCAGAGGGACAUGUUUGAUGAUUGGAUUAAAGAGUUUGAUGACGACUGGCGCUCUUUGGAGCUGUCCGAGUCCCGCAGCCGCUUUGACCGGGAGCUAGAGAAGAUCAAGCGCGACCUGUUCAAGCUUGACACCGGAUCCACCAAGCUCCAGGUCGAGCGGCCCUUUAUCACCGAUCCCAUUGGUAACAAGAAGCUCAACCUUCGCUUCGAUUGUAGUCAGUUUAAACCGGAAGAGAUCAGUAUUAAAACCAUGGACAGGCGUCUGUGCGUGCACGCCAAGCACACCGAGGAGUCCCCCGGCCGGAAGGUAUACCGCGAGUUCACGCGGGAAUACACGCUCCCUGACAAGGUAGACCCGAUCGCCUUGACGUCCACACUCUCCAAGGACGGCGUACUCCAGAUCGAGGCCCCGGCGCCGGCCAACGUGGAAGCUCCGAGGGAGCACCUGAUCCCCAUCGAGAAACUCUUAAAGUUUUAAAAUAAACUUAAAGACACAUGUCGCUGGUGCUUGGAUUGUGCCAUUUUCACAUUUAACGGAAACAAAUGCCGUAAACAUACUUCGGAAGUGAGAUGUGCAUACAACAGUUACCUUACACAAGUGUAUUUACACAUAUACAUUUAUAGAAAAUGGCAUUAUAUAUAGCUAUUUUAUUUUGCUAUAAUGUUUAUUUCAAUGUUUUUUUUUUUUAUAUUUUUCUUGCAUUCCAGAGAUCAAAACUUAAUCGUAUAAUUGUUGUUUGAAGUAGCUCAGUAUUAUUCAAAAUUAAGUAUUGUAAAGAAAUCAAAAUGAAUAUGUAUCUGUUGUUCUAAAAGUUUGUUAAAUCAUGAAAAUAAAUUUACGAUGCCAAA